AGGGAGAGAACGCGAGUUGGGACAGGCAGAGAGCGACAUUGUUGUCUGUUUUCGUCCAUCUGCAAACCUCUCCAUUCGCUUCUCCACUCAUAUAAAAGCAAACACUUAGAUCAAAAGUCUCAUAACUCGAGUGUGAGGUUACACUCUUUCACAGCAAGGGCGUCCUCUCUGGCUCUUUCUCUCCCUGACAGACUGAAAGACCUCACAGUGUGGCCCAGCCCUCAACUACAUAUAAGGUCCACCACCUAAAAAUUCGGCUGCCUCGGAUGUUUGUCUCUGGUUACUAUUAUAGCUGUUUCCUGUGUGAAAGUCCACUAUUUCGUCUCUGUAGUGGCUGUACUUGACCACUUGCUGCUGUUUUCCACUUUCGACCGACCAGUGUGACAGAGGGAGAGAAAGAUAAUGGCUGCCCGUAGCGUUGGGAUUCGCUUCCUUUUUGUUAUAUUAUUCGCGUUCCUGGGGAGCCACGUUGUGACGUCAGCAAAAUGGCGACAGGCCAGGGAUGUGUUCCUGUCGAAUGUGGAUAACCUGAGCGAGACAAUGAAGCGACAACCAAGUCACAUGAUCACCACACGUGACCUGUUCGGUCUGACCAAGGACGAGGACAUCAAGCUAGUGGACUCAGCACCGAGUGAGCAAGGAACCAACAUCAAAAAAUACAGCGAGACUUAUGGAGGACUUCCGGUGUUUGAUGCCAGCCUCACUGUGGAGACAGACGCCAAAACCGAUGUGUACACUGGUCAGGUGACUGGUAAACUGGUUCAGAACCUUGAUGAUGACAUCAACUCUACAAUACCAAAUUUGAACGAGCAGCAGGCGAUGCAAUUAGCUGUCGAUUACGGCCACUUUUCUAUGGAAGGGGCCCGCAUAGACUACAAUAAACCUCAAUUGAUGAUCUUCGUGAAGGACGACGUAGGAAUCCUGGUUUAUCGAAUUCAAUAUUAUGCCGUAUCUGAUGGAAAAAAUUAUCGAUUUUGCAUGAUAAUCGAUGCGAAUAAUGAAACGCUUGUUAAAAAAUGGAACACACUAGAAACUACAAGAAACAAAUACAAAAUGAAAGGUAUCGGAGGUAACAAAUUGAUAGGUAAAUUGAGAUACGGAGAAGUACUACCAUAUUUGGAAGUGACACGUGAAGGCGAUGAUUGUUAUUUCGGGAACGACAUCGUCACAGUGGUGAAUCUGAAUGGGGAAGAGUUUCUGCCUAAUGAGGCAGGAAAUGUCUAUAAUGUCAAAUGCAACACUGGUGUGAAGGACGAAGUGAACGGAGCUUAUUCUCCGAUAAACGAUGCUGUUUUCUAUGGCAACAUCGUCUACAAUAUGUACAGAGAAUGGGUGAAAGUAUCUCCGGUGAAAGAGCUGCCAAUCGUUCUCCGUGUACACUAUGGCCAAAACGUAGUGAAUGCUUUUUACAAUGGAAAAAACUUCACGUUUGGUGACGGCAACAGCGAGUAUCGGCCGCUAGUAAGUCUUGAUAUCAUUGCACACGAAAUAAGCCAUUGCUUCACCGAGGAACAUUCGGGCUUGAUAUACGAGGGGCAGUCGGGUGGUAUCGAUGAAUCGUUCAGUGACUUGGCUGGAGAGGCAGCCGAAAAGUUCUUAGGUAGAGAAGGGACUAACGAGUGGGAAAUUGGAGAGGACGUUGCUACGAAUCCAAUUCGCAACGUGUGUAACCAAUCAACUGACGGGAUGUCGAUCAUACAUGCUGGCGACUACAAUGAUGGUAUGGACGUCCACUACCUCAGUGGGGUAUUCAACAGGUUUUACUGUCUAUUAAGCAGACGGAAAGGAUGGGGUACGAAAAAGGUUUUGAAGACUGCAGCUCAUUCCAAUCGUUUCUACUGGCAUCCGUCAACUACUUUCGUUGAGGCCGCUUGUGACUUCAUGAAGUCCGCUUAUGACUUUGGCUAUGACACUAAACCUGUAGAGAGAGUUUUUAGAAAGGUUGGUAUAAAAGUAUGUCAUCUGUCUUCAUACAUCCGAACAGUACACCAGAACUCGAAAAUCGAGGGAUUAAGUGCGGUCCCUGAAGAAGAAAUCAUGUUUAAACUGAAGAUAAAGUCACAAUUGAAGAAUGUGAAAAUUGUUACUUUUGAUGGCAUGGGAGAAGCGGAUCUCUUUGUUUGCUACAAGAAACUCGGCUGCAGUGAGCAUUUGACAAAAUGGCGAUCAAACAAGCCCGGGACAAACCAGAAAAUUUUGAUGGAAAGUCCAGAGAAAGGUAGUUAUUACGUAAUAUUAAAAUCAAAGGUCGAGUGUUUUAUUAAGGAUGUAACUUUAAAAGUAACGUUUCAAGAAAACUUGGAAGAUGACAGUCGCAAUGGAAAUGGUAAUUACACAUUUGACGCUUAUCAACUUGAAGCGGUUUCUAACUGCGGGCUAAUUCAACUUAAACCGCCCACGGGAGUGCACCAUUUCAAUAAUUACACCGUCCAGAGGACGGGUGCAUUUGCUAGUAUUCCUAUAAAACAUCCUCUAUGUGAAUGGAAUUAUGACAGAAGACUAAGGCUACCGAGAAGCGCCCACAUUGGUUUCAAUAAGUAG